AACUGAGUUCAUACAGUUCUACUGAGACAUCCACAGCUUAGCAGACAGACACAGCGCGCCGCCUCAUCCCGGCUGCUCCAAGUUCUGCUGCACUGAGGAGGCUUUACUUUCAUCCAACUCCGCUGGGAGGAGCGCGCGAUGCGAUCUUUCCUUCCUCUGCUUUUUUUUUUUUUUUUUUCCUCCUCUCCAGAUUUUGGACAAGCUCGAGACAGUUCGAACAAGUGGUUACUGUAGGGCGAAAGUGUCGUGUUUUCGGUCUGAAUUUGCGCGCUGGGAUUGAAGUUUUACGCAUUUAGCCCGGCACACGUGCGCGCGCCCUCGGCACCAGCCGGUCCGAUUCCUCUCCGCGUUAAAGUCAAAAAGAAAAGAAAAGAGACUGGUGGAUCGAUGCGAAGCCAAGACACCUGAUGAGGAAUUACAGCGCUGCUUUACAACUAAGUUAACCUGCCUUUUUUCCCCUCUCCCCACUCGCUCAAGAGGACUACCGUUUUUUUUAGCGCAUGGAUAAGUGCUUUGCCCCCUUUUUUAUUUUGCUAUUUUGUCAUUUUUUAGCGGAUAACAUGUUGGUCUCAGAUGAGGACUUGUAAGUCCUCGCUGCUUGAAUCCAAUCCAUGGCACUUUUUUCCCCCUCCUCUUCUUCUUUUGGUAAAUGAGUGAUGCCUCCACGCAGAGGUUGAGUUCUCGUCGCAGACGAGCGAACACAGGAUUGCUGCUGUAGUGAAGUGACGCUGCGCCCACGUUCUAGUAUGAACUUAACAAGUCAAGCUCAUGUACUGGUGGUUUUGCUCGCCAGCCUGGUCCUUCUAUGCCGGGCCCAGGAGAGAGACUACACCAUCAAAGAGGAGCAGCCCGAGAAUGUCCGCAUCGGGAACCUUCGCCGAGACCUGGACCUCAACCUGGACCCCAACAUCCGACUGUCCUCGCCGCUGCAGUUCAAGCCCGUGUACAAAACUGGAGAUGUGCCUUUGGUGCGAGUGGAGCCCAACACCGGCGAGAUCUUUACCACCAAUCACAAGAUCGACAGGGAGAAGCUGUGCUCCGGCGUUUUCGGGGAGAAACGCUGCUACUAUGAAAUUGAAGUGGCUGUCUUGCCUGAUGAAAUUUUUCGCUUGGUCAAGAUCCGCUUCCUCAUAGAGGACGUGAACGACAAUGCUCCCCUUUUCCAGUCCACGGUGAUAAACAUCUCCAUCCCUGAAAACACGGCCAUCAACACGCGAUAUCCAGUGCCCUCGGCGUUCGACCCCGAUGUUGGGAUCAAUGGGAUUCAGCAUUAUGAACUGGUAAAGAGCGUUGGCGAAUUCGGGCUGGACAUCAUCGAGACCCCCGAGGGUGACAAGUGGCCACAGCUCAUUGUUCAGCAGAACCUGGAUCGAGAGCAGAAAGACACCUUUGUGAUGAAGAUCAAGGUGGAGGACGGCGGCAACCCUCCCAAAUCCAGCACCGCCAUCCUCCAGGUCACGAUCUCCGACGUCAACGACAACCGACCCGUUUUCAAGGACAGUGAGUUGGAGGUCAUGGUACCGGAGAAUGCUCCCAUGGGAACGUCGGUCGUUCAGCUUCACGCCACGGAUGCUGACCUUGGUUCCAACGCGCAGAUUCACUUCGCCUUCAGCAACCAGGUUUCCGCAUCUACCAAGCGCCACUUUGCCAUCGACGGCACGACUGGACUGAUCACUGUGAAGCAACCGCUGGACAGGGAGCUCACCCCGGUGCACAAACUCAUCGUCCUCGCCAGCGAUGGCAGCUCCACGCCGUCCCGAGCGACGGUGAUUGUGAAUGUCACGGACGUGAACGACAACGUUCCCUCCAUAGACACCCGCUACAUCAUCAACUUGGUCAACGGAACUGUACUCCUGUCUGAAAAUGCGCCACUUAACACCAAAAUAGCUCUGAUCACUGUCACCGAUAAGGACGCCGAUCUGUACGGUAAAGUCGCCUGCUACACUGAUCACGAUGUUCCAUUUCGGCUAAAGCCCGUCUUCAACGAUCAGUUCUUACUGGAGACAGCUGCCCCACUCGAUUAUGAGAUGACUCGAGAAUAUGCCAUUAAGAUAGUGGCCUCUGAUAGGGGGACUCCUCCCCUGAACACUUCUGCCAUGGUUCUAAUUAAAAUCAAGGACGAGAACGAUAAUGCUCCCGUCUUCCCCCAGCCCGAAAUCCAACUCUCCAUACCAGAGAACAAUGACCCCUCCACACAGCUAAUAAAGCUCAGCGCCACGGAUGCGGACAGCGGACACAAUUCGGAGAUCAUUUAUACGCUGGGCCCCGAUGCGCCGGACGGCUUCAACAUAGACCGGCGCUCAGGAAUCCUCUCUGUCGGCAAGCGACUGGACAGAGAAAAGCGGGAGAGAUACGCCUUCACUGUUAUAGCGAGAGAUAACGGCUCCACGUCUUUACAGAGCAAUGUCACUGUCAAACUCAUUGUCCAGGAUCUGAAUGACAACAGCCCGGCUUUCACGCACCCCGAGUACAAUUUUUAUGUCCCUGAAAACCUGCCGCUCUAUGGCACCGUCGGCCUUAUCACAGUGACGGAUGCUGACGCAGGAGAUAACGCCGUGGUCACGUUGUCCAUUUUGAAUGGGAAAGACAAUUUCAUCAUUGACCCCCAAACUGGCGUGAUCAAACCCAAUAUCACCUUUGACAGGGAGCAGCAGAGCUCCUACACGUUCAUGGUGAAGGCAGUGGAUGCAGGACAACCGGCCAGCUCCUCCUACGCUAAGGUGACUAUUAACGUAGUGGACGUCAACGACAAUCGUCCCGUGUUCGUCAUCCCGUCGUCUAACUAUUCCUACGACCUGGUGAGGACCACCACCACCCCGGGGGCUGUGGUCACAAGGGUGUUUGCCAUUGACAAUGACACAGGUAUGAAUGCGGAAUUGCAUUAUAGCAUUCUCAGCAACAUCAUCAUCACGUCUCGGGUCUCUCCGCGAGGCUUGUUUGCCAUCGACAAAACAACGGGUAACAUAACACUGCAGGAGAAAAUAAUGUCAGCUGACCAGGGGCUGCAUCGGCUGGUGGUGAAGGUGAAAGAUCUGGGCCAACCCGAGUCAUUACAUGCCAUCGCACUGAUUCACCUGUUUGUCAAUGACACUGUGUCAAACGCCACUUUCAUCCAAGAGCAGCUGCGGAAGAGCAUGGAGACCCCCUUGGAUCGUAACAUCGGGGACAGUGAGGUCGCCCCCCAAGCCAAUGGAUACGUGAUUGUCGUCAUUGCCAUCAUAGCGGGAACGAUGACCGUCAUAUUGGUGAUAUUUGUGACUGCUUUGGUGCGCUGCCGACAGACACCCAGACACAAGGUGGUGCAGAAAGGCAAGCAAAGUGGGGAGUGGGUCUCGCCCAACCAAGAGAACCGUCAAAUCAAGAAAAAGAAGAAGCGAAAGAAGCGCUCCCCGAAGAGCCUCCUCUUGAACUUUGUCACCAUCGAUGAGUCUAAGACUGAUGACCCAACCCACGAGCACGUGAACGGCACGCUUGAUCUCCCUGUGGAGCUGGAGGAGCAAACGAUGGGAAAGUACAACUGGGCCACGACGCCCACCACUUUUAAACCUGACAGCCCAGACUUAGCCAAGCAUUACAAGUCGGCGUCACCUCAGCCUACAUUUCAAAUCAAACCAGAGACUCCAGUGGCACCAAAAAAGCACCAUGUCAUCCAGGAGCUGCCUUUGGACAACACAUUCGUGGUGGGCUGUGACUCACUUUCCAAGUGUUCGUCGACUAGCUCCGACCCGUACAGUGUCUCAGAGUGCAGCUGUCAGGGGGGAUUCAAGACCGCAGGGCAAAUCGCCACCCGACAGAACCUGAGCCAGACGCCAGAGAAGUCGUUUAGCUCGCCGCCUCCCAUUUGCCCUCACAAGAUAAAUAAGCGCCGAGGAGAAACUAUGACUUUUGGAAUGGAUAAAAUGAGAAGGACAUCUUGGCGGACAGAAAUAAACAGGCAAAAAAAAGAAAACAGCCUACUGUAUCUGCAACAUAGGAUGAACACCGCAGCCAUGAAAGGCGUUCUGCUGUGGCACGAGUCAACACACCAUCGCACAAACUAGUUCAGUCACUUGACUCCUCUCGCAUAAAACCCCACACAAGGUAAAUGUGAUCUCACAAGACAAGCAGCAACAACCCACGGCCCCAAUAGGGCGCCUGGGGUCAGAUCGGUGGCUAUCACCAAACACAUAAUGCUUUGUGACUGAAAAAAAAAGGCAAUCCUAAAGGUCAUUCGUGACCUGUGGGACCUGUACUGUGCAGCAUCUGUCGCUAGCAAGCAGCACAUGUCUGUGUCAAACGGCAAAAGGUAUGCGGUGAAGCCAUCCCACCAUGAAGGCAAGCAGCCUGCGGAGAGCAGCAACGCAAUCCUUGGAUAAACCUGCCUUUGUUUUUUUGCUGGUUUAUGUGUGGGACAUCAAACAGAACCUUGCUUUUCCUGACUAGAUGUACAUGUGUUAGCAUUUCCUUGUAGGUGUUUUAGGGCAAUCAUUUAGAGAGCUCCAUUAACACAUAUCAUUUACAAAGCUGCAAUCCACAAAUAUGUCAGAUCCAUACCAGGAACAAACAACCAAUACAUUAUUUAGAGCUGCCAGUAUCUGCUUCUAUUUGUCAGGGCAACACAUAUUUAAUAUAUGUGAAUUAUUUAUCAAUCCCUCACACUUCAAGAAGAGACUCAUGAGAUCUGCAGGGUUCACCCCGGCCUCUGGAAUGUUCCGCAACCAAACCAUUCACAGCUUUGUGAAGACUGGUGACGUAUGUUUUUUUGUGAAAACCAGAUCAACUAGAUGAAUCUGAGGAGCGGCUAAUAUUAAAGGUUAUGGUCAAGUGUGUCAACCUGCAGACCUUGACAUCACGCUGCAAGUGACGGACGUCUCAUGAACAUAGGCUUAUGAUGUCCAAAUCAGAAUCAGAAUAGGAUUUAUCAGGUCAGGGGGGGUUCCACCAACUAGGAAAGUGCUUUGAAAUAAAGUGCUGUUAAUAAAUAAAAUAAAAUAAAAUAAACCACAAACAAUAAAGGCUGAUUACAAAUCCAAGAGUCUGACGGCAGAGGGGAAGAAGCUGUUCCUGUGACGGGAGGUUCUGGUCUGGAUGGACCGUAGCCUCCUGCUAGAGAGAAGAGGAACAAACAGUCCACGUCCAGGACGAGAAGGGUCAGCUCUCAUCCGACCUGAACGUCUCUGGGUCCUGGAGACAUACAGGUCCUGAAGAGGUGAAAGAAGAAAAAUCUUGAAUUUAAAGUAAUAUUUUGUUACUAAAUUAAUAGAACUAGACAAAAUACGUUUUAUUAUUAUUAUUAUUAUUAUUAUUAUUAUUAUUAUAUUAUUAUUAUUGUUGUUGUUGUUGUUGUUGUUGUUGUUAUAAAUUAGUAUUAUAUUUUAAUAUUUUAUAGUGUUUAUUUUUUAUCUUAAGAUCAGAAAAGCUUUUAAGCAGUGAAUAUCUUGGUAACAUAAUGAGGGAUAACACACGUAAAUACAAUCAACAUGCAAAUACGAUAAUGGCACAAUUUUACAAAGUUCAUUCUAUAUCUUUAAUUGAUUUUCAUUUCAUCAUAUAUCUAUAUUUAUUAUAGUUGGGCGCCUGAAUGCAGGCAAUGGUCAGGUCUAAAGUGACAUUGUGACUUCCUGGAGUCAUUGCACUUUUUGAGAGAAUGGUGUCACACAUACUGUAAGCCUAGUUAAAAAAAAAAAACAAACAAAAAAAACAAGACACAACAAAACAAAAAAAAAAAACAAUGUUGGCUUCUUAUGUCCAUUUUAUCAUAUAUUUUUUUCAAACGGUUGCUUGAAGUCCAUGAGCGAGAACAUCAAUUAUGCAGGAGCAGCCAGUGAUUUGAGUCUUUCUGCGGAUCCACGAACGGCUCAAAAGUACAAGUCUGUCCUCACCAGUGUCACUUUAGAAACACAUAAAAGUGAAGCCCCCGCUCUCAGCGCUCAUUGUAACGGCUGAGCGAGACUAUAUGAACUGAGUCACCGCCGUGACUCAGAAGUGCUUUGCUCAGUCCAUUCCAUUUAUGUUCCUUUUUAAAUUCCUCUGUAUCCCUGGACAUUAGAUGAGGGAUGAGUGCAGGGGUCAUGUGACAGCUUCAGAUAUUUCUCAGGUAACUGACGCACAGCCUUGGCAUCAUUGACUUUCAAACUCAUGUUUCUAUAAAGGCCUUGAUGAUCCUUCUUAUUUAUCCUAUUUAUUGUUCGUGUUGAGCGUGAGGCAGUGGAUGAGAUCGGAAGAACAGAGUAUUCUAGUGAUUAUUCUGGGGAGUCAUCGCUGGAGAUGGGUGGAUGAGGUUUCAUGAAACAGUGUCCUAAUUUUCAGAGCUCAGUAGGUGGCGCUCUUAGUUUGAAAAUGAUGUGGCGUCGUUGAAAUUAAUCGACAAAACAAAAGCUUCUACAGCAGACAGCGCCAUCAAGAGGCCCAGGAAACUGAGGUCACUGUUUCGUGAAACUUCAUGAAACCAUCACAAGUCAUCGUCAGAAAAAAACUACCAUAACCUUGAGCACAUUACUUUAGAAGAGACAGUCCAGUAUAUGAGACGCUCAUCUGAUUUAAAGACUGUUCUCUCUUUGUUCAUUUGAUCCACAACUCACUCACACACACACACACACACACACACUUUGAAUGCAAAGUAAAGCCUUUGAUAAGUCAGUUAAAUGACAACUAAAGAGCUUCAUACAACACAAAUACCCUCAUUGCUCACACUUUAGAUUUACCCUUUAGAUAUUACCCUAAAUAAACUAGUAAUUCAUUGGUGUAUUCCUGCAUAGUAGCCAGUACUUAACCAACAUAAAGCAUUCACAAGUGUCUUUAAGACUGACAAGAUUUCAGGCUGGAAUAGUUCACGCUAAACAACGCAAUAAUUACCAGGUAUUAACCCUUAAUAACCAAGUACUCAAUCGUUGUAGGUAAUAUAAAGUAAGUAAUAUGACGUUGUAAUAACUGCCUAUGUUUAUCAUCUUGUGUUACUUCAACCAAAUGUAUCAGGUCUGUCACUUUUCAACACACAAACGUGUAUCAGCUUGGCUUCAUGUGAGGAGACUGUAAAGCAAAGCCCCGCUGGGUUAAAGCUGUGAGUGCUCAGCGAGGUCAUUGUGUUUGUCUGCGUCACUGAGAGUUGCUCGUCUCGUGAUUUACGUGUGAAAGACUUGUGAAAGAAGUCAAGACUUGUUGAUGAUAAUAAGCUCAACACUGCUCGGUGAUGUGAUAUAACCGAAAGAAUAAAAAUCUUAAAUCACUGUAGUCCAUUCUGAGUCCGCAAAGUAGGCGAUAAAAAUCUCCCCAUCUGCCGCAUUCCUCUUGUGGAAAACCUCCAAAAGCAAAAGGAUGAACUUUGUACGAGGCGGCGGUACCACAUGAACUACUUGGUGGUGAAGCACCUCUUGUCGAAAGCCUAUAUCUAAAAGGGAAAAGCUUUACAAUCUUUGCCCGAGGAAACUUAUAAUUAAUGCUUAACGUAACAUUGGUCAGUUGUGUCCUAAAGUCUUUUUAAACUCUACAACGCUCAUCCUGAAAUAAUGCCACUUUGAAAUCUGUUUUUUGGGCGAAAGAUUCAUGCGAUUUGAGGAGCAAUCCAGCGGGAGCAAAUGAAAGAUUUGAUGAAUUCUGAAAGCGAUUAUGUCGCCCGGAGGUCUUCCCCGCACAUCUCCCCGACAGACUUGUACAUGUUGUGCAACACAGACCACAUGCAAAACACUCAGCGAUGCAUAGUGACUCCUAAAGCAAGUCCCAGCAGAAUGAUCAGAACCACAACAGAUGAGUCAUAAAGAGAAACUAUCCGUCUUUAAGGAUGACAUGAGUCAUAGCAAUAAUCUCUGUCCCGGUGGGGUUCACCAACAGACAGCGCUAGACUCGACAUGCGAGCGCUUUUAAAACCACCUUGUUUCUGAGAGUCAAAUGGCUUCAGAUAAAGCAAAACAAACAUGUUUUGAGUCCAUCUCCAGCUCUUCCUCCCCCCCCCAACUUCUCUCUCCUGCAUCAACUAAAACCAAUCGGGGAAUAAAGACCUCCCGUCCAAUCAAUUACCACCCAAAUCAGAGCAGCGGCCUUUGCUACGGAAUCAUUUGUUGAAUCAGAGCAGAUGGCUGGGGGCACGUACCCCUGUGUCACAGGCCACAUCCGUGAGGAAAUCUGGGAUCAGGCCGCUCUCUCUUGACAUUCCCAGGUCUAUUAAGUGGACGGCAUGGCGCGCUCCAGUGCUGCCGGCUCCGCCGGAUCACCAACGCAUGAGGCUUCACCUGCCGAGGACACCGUCGGCUCACGCUAUUCCUUUCCAGAAGCUCUUGUUUUGUUCACAGCGAAAAUGCAAAGGGAUUAUUUUGCACUCGAGGAAACAUAAUAAUGGACGGGUUCUGUUCUUCAUCACCCAGCUGCACCCUGUACCGGCCGCAAAACACACCACUCUCAGUCCUAAACACAACUGGUUUAAUAAUGCCUUCAUUUCGUUCUCUCUCACGAUGUCAGGUGGUGUAUUAGAGUGUACACAUUUACAUGCAUCUGCGAAACAAGGCUUGUGUUUUCAGGAAAGUAGGAGAAAAAAAACAGUGUUUCUUUUCUUUUUUUUUCCAUAAAUUUGACCCUCAACGUGACUUGAAAGACGAUCAUCUUUCAUUCCAUACUGAUUUCUGAAGUGGAGGGAGGAAGCCUUUCAACCCUCCUCGUGUUAACUAUUAUCAAUAACAUGCUAAUGACUGAGAAAAUAAAUACACAAAUAAAUGUACCAACACUUGAACUCCAACUCAUGAUUAAAAAGAUCAUUCCAAACAUGCAUAUAUUAGAAUACCUAAGCACUGACAUUGAUUCUCCUGGCCAGUUUUUUUUGUGUUUUUUUUUUCAUUUUUCCGUUGAAUAAUAGUUUGUAUCUGAAUAAGCGUUGCCAGUUUCCGUAUCUCGGAUAAACCCUUUGAGGCUUCAUUAGUUUGCACAGCGUUGAAGUUGAAAGUCUGAAAAGGACUUUAUUCCCGAGCAUCUAGUUUGGGUGUUUGAUUUAGACAUCCAGUUUGGGAAAGAUAUUUUCAGUAUAUUAUUAAAUUCACUGCCAUCGCAGCAAUCUGCAAUAUAUCUUCGGCGACACAUUUUCCUGUUGCAUUUCCUGCCUGGAUGUUUGGAAGUUUGGGGUAAACUCCAUCAUCUGUGCGCCUCUUUAAAGCUUAUUAUGUGGCAAGUAUCAUUUCCAAGAAGGAUAACUGUCAUGACGAAAGCUUUGCCAACUGCCAUUGAAAGGUCCAUUCUACUGUUUGCUUAAUUCAUUUUUGAAUGAUCUGCUAAUUCACUUUAUUGUGGCACAUUUGUUGCUCACUAAUUUAGUUUUAUAGCUUUAAAGAAAUCUCUCUGUUCCCACAAAUCCUGUUUAGAUUGCACCCAAAUUGUUGGUAGAUGCUACUGCAUCCAACUGCAAAACUAAAAUGAAGCGAGAUGAUGUUUGUAUAUUUUGUUGUUUAUGUGUUAUGAUUGUGUUGAACAUCAUUUCAUAAUAUACACAUAUACAUACACAACAUAAGAUAAUAAGACCCUCCAGUUUAUUCACCCUCUUCUUUCCUUAUAGUCUUUGAUACUGCAAAAUGAAGGUUUCUUUUUUGGGGGCAAGUGCAACUCUUCGCUUCAUCUAUGACCACGAAAUCGUGGCGCACACUGCUGCAAAGUAAAGUUAAGCCACAGAUGGAAGAAAACAAUCUGAGCUGAUAAUGAAAUUCACACUUGCCAACACAAUUUACUGGGAGCUAUAAGAUGAACGUAAUGAAAAGCAAACCUUGUUUGCAGAUGAAGAGGAUUGUCAUCGCUUUCCGAUGCUAUAAUUCAUAGUCACAGCGAAAACACUUAGCUGAGGUGCAAAUCAAACAGCAUGUGAAUGUUGAAUAUUCAUCUCAGAUUUUUACUUUAAUAUGUCCUCCAACAAUUAAAAGGAAAUUAUUACGCCGCCGCUGUAGUUUGUCAUUUUGAUGGGUGGAAAGUUGAAACCUCUUCAUGAUGAAUGUGUCUCAGCAAUACAUCAUCUGUGUACGUGAAGGCCUCAUCUCUUCAAACAUGAGUGACUCAUCUCACAUCUUGAACCUGUGAUGUUUAAGACAACGUAAAAAAAAAAAAAAGAAAAAGCAGUUGACCCCUCUCUUUUGGUAGUUUUCCAUGUCGCCACGUUCCUCCGACCUUGAAUAUUUAACUGUGUCAAAAUCUGUUUCUGGAUUUAGGUCAGAUAGCUUCUAAUAAAGAGAUGUGCUACAGUGCGAAAACAAUUUGUAAAUGAACUGGUUGGGAAGUGCCGUUUCAAGGGCGCGCGCAACCAAGCUAAUUUUGCACCCUUGACAGGACGGAGUCACGCAGUGCACAUGAAGCGCAUUUGACCGCGCAUGCUAAAAUGGAUGUAAAAAAAAAAGGGAAGCUAUUACGGCUUUAUUAUUCACAGCAUGCACCAGGAAGUGGCAACAUUACUUUUAAUUGUCAUUAUUACCUGCUAUUAGUCGGAGUGGGAGGAAUAUCAAUUUUAUAAAGAGGGCUUCUGACCAAAUGUUAAGAAGCCUCCCUGUCAUGAGAGACACAUCCCCACUGCUCUGAGUGGGCAGAGAUGGCCGUGUUUUAACACUUAUGGAUAUUCAGUGGGUGAGCGCAGAAUGGUUCGAGCGAUAACAAGACAGUUACCAAAUGCAGAGUGGCACUGAGCGCUGUGAGAACAUAUGCUAAUGUGUUUGGUUGUGGCCAGAGAAACAGCAAGGUGUUUUAAAAAGCACGGGGGACCAACCGACUGCAGCACUGGCUCUGCUUCCGCCAAGAUAUUAAUAAAACCCGGGGCCCACUGGUGGGAGAGGAGGCAAAAUUCAUCUGGCGCUGGGAAAAGGUUUGUUUUGGAGAAUAUGAGGAGCCGCGGGAGGCGCGGACAGGCAGAGCCCUGCAUAAAAACCACAGCGCAGUCAUCAGCCGUCAUAAAUACAAAUGACAAAAGUGCAUUUACAGAUAAGAGAGGGAAUGGCUCUUUAGCUGAAAGUGGGGCGGUGGUGAAAACUGUAAAAGACUGGGGCCAUUUUGCUGAGUUUCGGAGCGCUAAGUAGCAUAGACAGUUGGGAAGAUUUCGUGGAUGGUGGAACUGCGUAUUGCCUGUGAGUUGAGAUGGAUCUGUGUGACGUGUUGGAGACUGACCAGUUGAGUCAGAGACUGUGCGAGAGAUCGGAAAGAUUCAAGCGCAUGACACAUCCACCACCAUUCAGGACCAAAGCUAGCAGUACAACAGUGUCUCUUCCGCAUGGCUUAAACAGAAAUUCAAAACAUUUCACUGAUACACAGAAUAACUUGAGGAUUUGAGACAGUUCCUCAUUUUAUGGGCUAUAUAUACCUUCUUUCCUGCCAUGAGUGGUCAUGUCUUUUAUUGUUAUUUUGCUCCGCCAUUCAGUCCAAUCGCAACAUGACAUCCCUCGGUGAGGUUUCAUGAAACAGUGUCCUACUUUUCAGAUGCCACUAGAUGGCACUGUCUGCCUUAUUGAGCUGCUAUUUCCUAUGAAACCUUGCGUCUUUUUUUUCUUUUUUCUUCUGAGGUCUGAAAACUGGGACACAUGAAACCUCAUCCACCCAUCACUACCAUUUUUACAUGGAGAAAUGUCAUCAUCCCAGGUCAACAGACAGUCAGGUGAUAAUGAACAUGAGAGUAAAACAGAACCUUGUGGAACACCACUGUUAUCUAUGAAAAAUUAGAUAAUAAAUCUGGUGUAAACAGCUUCAUUAACUUUACAUAACUUGAGUUAUCUCAUGUUUAAAAUGUUGAUUUGGUGUUUUUUUAAUUCAUCAGAAAACAUUUCCUCUUUUGAUGUCUCACUUAAGUGCCUGUUUAUUCCCAUGAAAAGUUUUGCAAAAAUAUGUUUAAACAACAUCAGAGCAUGCUCCAAAAACCGUGCUGAAUUAAAAAUGUGAUCAUCAGAACCUGCACUUUUGCUUUCUGCUCCCCAAACCGAUAUUUCACGGCUGCACUUUAGCUACCAGCGAUGGGAGUUUGGUGAGACGGCCACAGUUGCUUGGCACUGAUGGGUCAAGUGAUUCCCUGCUGGAGAUUGAAAUGAACAAAUGUGUGUUUAAAAACGUGGAAGUUUGAGAUCAAGGGCGCAGGAUUUAAAUGGAUGAAAACAUGGAGGUGAGCCAAACUGCCAUCGAUGUUGCGACUGGUGCAGGGUUUCGGUGUCCUGAUAGUGAGAAUGCGAGGCGAUCACUGGAUGAAACUAAACUGGUCUGGCGCCCUGAAACACUUCAUUUAAGCAUUGUUCCUACCAGCCUGAAUAACUAGGUCAAGCAGCAAUAACACACACAUUGUUUCCGUUGUUGUGUUGCGUGAAAAACGUACGACAACCAUGCACUUCUCCAUUCUGCUUCCACACUUGAGGUGCAGUGGACCUCUUCAGACACACUAAAAAAGGCUGAAUGUUGGUGUCUGUUAUCAAUACAUAGAUGGAUGUAUACAGUACACUGAAGCAAGAAAAUGCCGAGGUCUGUCUGUCACUCACUUGAUGAAACCGCCCCGUUCACCAGGAUAGAGAAUUAAACAGUCCGUUUGAAGUGAGACUCGUCACUUGCGCAAAGAGAAAGGCUAUUAUUUUUGGAGGCAUUAAUAAAGCAUUAUGGCUUCUCGUUUGGCAGUUCUCAUUGAAAGUCUUAACUAGGCCAAGACGAUUUAGAUGGUUCCUUUUUCACAAGCUUAUUCCAUCAAACCCAUGUGCUUGAGUGUAGUAGGAGGAGCUCCGCUCGUGCGCGUCCAAACCCAGGUUGAAAUGGAGAGUGGACUGACUCGACGUGGGAUUCCUGCUCGACGGUUCUUUCUCCAGGAGAUCAUUUCAGUAACAUCCUGGGAACCAUUCAUUUGACUCUGAAUGUUUGUCAGGGAAUGAAAGGCUUUCCACUUUUGAUACAGUGUGUCAUCGUCGAUCAGGAUCGAGGGACAAUACAUCUGUCAUUCUCAAUCAAGAGAGCCGACGCUUCAACCGAAGCAGAUCAGACAGGAGACAGUACACAGGACCAUACAAGCUUCAUCACUUCCAACAACUGCUCAGGAAAACUUUUUCCACUCACACAAUUAUUUACACUGCUCUGAUGCCCCUUAUGCUUAGACUCUACUGAGUCACAAAAAACAGCUUUCAUUUACCUCCAGACGCAAUGUGGUCAUGGCUGUUCCGUGUCAUGCAUCAACACUGCUAUGACAACAUGAACAUGCAAGAGAUCAAAAAUACUGCUGGAAGUUCUGACAGCUUUGUCUAGUCACACAUCAUAGAUCAGCUGAUGUGGAUGGAUGAAGGGUUGCAGGGUUAAUGUCAUAUCACACUGAGAAACUGUGAACCAUCAUGCCAAUAUAUAUAUAUAAUAUAUAUGAAACUUAAUUCGCUUAAUGUUAGUUUGCCAACCAGUUGAGAAUCACCUUCUUCUUCUUCUGUCAAAUGCAAUGUCGCUACACCACCACUUAGGCUCCUCACGGUGCAACUGUUGCAUUCCUCCACCACGUCCAGGAGCUUGUUUGUGCUCUAGAUUUCAAUUUAACAACGUUUUCCGCUUUCUAAAGAGUCGCUUUCCAGAAUGUGAUGCUCAUUUAUUUCCUGCACUAGAAAAAUGUUGAGUGUGCCUUUAACAUUCAAAAGGAAUUGCUAUUAUUUAUAGCAUAGAUAUCAGCAGCACAAAGAACCCACAUCAGUCGAAACCAUGACUGAAAUCGUCCUCGCCUUCUCCGCACAGACAUCCAACAUUUACAUAGGAGUGAAGAUCAAUGUAACUCAUGCAGUCUGGUGUGACACUUAUUCAAAACAUUUCCCCCCUUUUUUCCCCAGUGUAGAUUGGAGCACAGGGAGGUGAACUGGCACUGAGUGAUGUGGGUAAAGAAAGGCAGACACUUCCUCAGCUGUCUCAAAGAGCGUUUUGUCAUGUAUCCUCACUUGUUAAAGUACCUGCAACACGCUUCACGUCGGUACUGGAUCCAGGUUUAUUUCUCCGCAUUUGAUGCCGUUUGAUGUCAGAUGUGAAACUGAAGAAAUUGAAGGGUGAAAAGCACAUGUCUGACUGCUUCUUCUUUUUCUUUACGCCAAGACUUUUUUGGUAAAUGGUUAUUAAGUUUGAUGUCAUACAUUAUGAAGGAUGUCCUUCACGUUGCGUCUGAUUUCAAGGGACAGCUUGACAAAACUCACUUUGAAUUUAGUUGAAAGCAUGUCUAAUUGAAUUUUGAUACAUAAUUAAAUCAAGCAAUAAAUCAGCCCAGAUCCCUCAGCAGCCGACAGUUCAACACUCCUGAGCACCGCCAGCUAAUUAUGAUGAAGUUAUUAUCUCAGCCAAAGGGAGUACUCUGAAAGGUUCCUCCUGCACACAGUCGAAUCUUCCUUACCAAAUUGUACUCAACCUUGAGGAAAGGGCAGCACUUUGCACCGGCUUUCUCGACGCUUUCAGCGCUGUCGUUCAUUUCCUCAGUGGAAUCCACAUGAUGACUAGAAUCGCUGGCUACUCUGUGUUUGUACCGUAAUAUGGGGACGUUGUUUUUAAUAGAUUUAAUUGCAUUUGUGCUGUAUAAAGUCUCCACAGUUUGUGAUAAAAUCACUGUGAAAAAUCUAACCGAAACUGCGAUAGGACUGAAGUCCAACCCAGCUACUGUGGGCAUCUCGCCCUCUAAAGUUUUGCUCUCCCAAGAAUAAAAACAUAUGAGAAAUAUCUCACAACAAAGGCACCAGAUGUUGCUCUUAUUGAACAUGUUAACGUAACAUCUCUGGCGCCUGUUUCAGUAGCGGACACAAAGCAACAGACCUCUCAGAAUACUCUUGCACCUUCUCUCUCUCUAAAUAAAUCACACUGACAGAACCCAAGCUGCGCUGCUACAAGCACAAGGUUCAUCACCACGAAUGCAUCCCCAAAAUGUGGCAACCUGAGUCUGGUUAUGAAGAGGACUCUGAACUUUUUAUUCCUGAUCCUCUUCC